CGUAGUCGAGUGGUGGGCCAUUGGACCUAUCAACGCGUACGUUUUCUUGAGUUUCUUCUGCGAUAUACAAUGGAUCUCCCACAUCAAGGCUACAGAGCGGCAGCAAAGCCCCGGGCACGUGCAGCACCCCCUGCAGGUGAGCCAUUGCUGUUUGAGGACACCAGCUCCACAGUGCCGCCCAUGGCCAGUCAAGGAUACUACAACAUGGGAUACAACAUGGGUGGAAUGACAGGAGGCGGAGCCAUGGGGGGAGGGGCCAGUAACCUGUUCUCAGACCCCAUGGCCAGUGCAGCUGUGAUGUAUGGCUCCUCUCUUGCAUCACAGGGGAAGGACAUGGUCAACAAGGAGAUCAAUCGCUUCAUGUCGGUGGAUAAGCUGAAAUAUUUCUUUGCUGUCGACACAAAGUAUGUAAUGAAGAAACUGAUGCUCCUCAUGUUCCCGUACACACACCAGGACUGGGAGGUGCGUUACCACAGAGACACUCCACUUACACCCCGGCAUGACGUCAACGCACCCGAUCUCUACAUACCCACAAUGGCUUUCAUCACCUACAUCUUGCUGGCAGGAAUGGCUCUGGGCAUCCAGAAAAGGUUCAGCCCGGAGGUGCUGGGGCUGUGUGCCAGCACAGCUCUGGUGUGGGUCGUCAUUGAGGUGCUGCUGAUGCUGCUGGGCCUCUACCUUCUCACUGUCCACUCAGACCUCUCCACCUUCGACCUCCUCGCAUACAGCGGAUACAAAUAUGUAGGAAUGAUCUUCACAGUGCUGUGCGGGCUGCUAUUUGGCAGUGACGGGUAUUUUGUGGCUCUGGCCUGGUCCUCCUGUGCCCUCAUGUUCUUUAUUGUUCGCUCACUGCGGAUGAAGAUCCUCUCCUCUGUCUCCUCGGACUCCAUAGGUGCUGGAGCAAGCACCAAGCCCCGCUUCCGCCUUUAUAUCACCAUGGCCACUGCUGCCUUUCAGCCAAUCAUCAUCUACUGGCUCACUUCCCACCUGGUCAGGUGACUUGGGUGGACAGUGGGUUUCAGCCAAAUUCAAUCCAAACCUGUAACUACGCAUUGAUGACAUACUACAGACUUGUUAAUAAUAGCAACGCUGUUACGUGGUUGUUGGACACUUAUGUGACUGGCAAGUGGGUUUUUACUUUUGCUAUAAUGCGGCACACUGACUGAAUUACACACAAACUAGCUCCUCUGACCCACGCAGCCAUUAACAGGAAUACAACUAACUAAAAGACUAGUUCAUUUAAAUUGAGUGUGAUGUUUUUCCUCACCGUAAGCUUCAGGACUCACCAAUCAAGACGUAAAACCAUUUGACGUAGCUCAUCAGACUGAAAGCUUAUUGAUAGGCCAGAUAAUCAAGUAACAGAAGGGUCCAGGAAUGAAAUAAAAUGUCUGCAAAAAGGUUGGGGCUCAUUUGUGACUAAUUAUUGAAUGGUUAUGUUUAUCAUCAUUGAAUGAUUGCACAACAAUUAAAUAUGCGUAAAAGCUUUGUAGGGCAUAUUUGAUGGGAUGGAUUCUGAAACUUUGAAAUUCAUUUUAUUUAGGGUUGAAGCCACUGUGAUUUUAUUCUUGAAUUGCAGUGUUUUGCAGGAAAAAUUCAUUCGGAGUGCCACAUUGUAUGAAACAAACUAAAAGCAUGCAAAUACAAAUCAGAGGAAACUGACAGUCAGUCCUUUUCUUUGUCUUGGUUUACAUAAUUAUUCAAGGCUGUAAUGUCCAGUCAAAGAGUGUAUUGAACUAAAGUGUUAGAUCCAUACAUACAUUUUACUCAGUGAAAAUGCACACACACGCGACACAUACACAUGUGCACACAGCUUUUCAUUUGAACUGUAGUUGUAUAAAAACCCCACCUUCUCUGUUCCCCUUUUUUCAGUUUAUCUGAGCUUCACCAUGAACU